UGGAGGAAUGCUAGAGGCGGGGCUCUAGAUAGCCAGGUGUUAGGACAGAGAUCACGGCUCUGCUGUGCUUUUAUCAUUCCGCUAUAAUAACACAUCAGCCUUAACUGGCAUCGAGCCGCGAACUAUUUAAGUUGUGUGUGUGUGUGUGUGUGUGAGAGAGAGAUUAAUCGUCGGUGCAAAGCCGUCGUCUUUUAUUCACGAAGCGUCCUGCAGAGAGGAACCUUUUAUUUUUCACGGAAGUUGAAACAUCGUGUUAUUGAGAAGAUUUUCUUUUAUCUAAAGAGCCACAAUGUUAUUGAGGAGAGUUGUUUUUGUAGUGUUGCUCGCGGGCUUGGUGUUGGUUGGAGCCGAUGACAGUGAGACGGAGAGAAAUGUGGCGGAGUUGGAGGUGGACACACUGGCAAAGCCGGAGACAUGCACAGUGACAUCAGUGAUGGGGGACACGCUUCAUAUCCAUUACACGGGCCGGCUUUUGGAUGGGAAGGUGAUAGACUCCUCUCUGUCCCGAGAUCCACUGGUGGUUGAGCUUGGGAAGCGAACUGUCAUCUCAGGUCUAGAACAAGCCCUGGUUGGUGUCUGUGAAGGACAAAAAAUCAAGGCCACCAUUCCUGCACAUCUAGCAUAUGGGAAAAGAGGAUACCCCCCAACAAUCCCAGGUGAUGCUGCGCUGGAGUUUGAGGUGGAGGUGAUUUCCCUGGUGCAGCAGACACCCUGGCAGAAGAUGGUGAAUGACGUCUUUCCUCUGGUGUGCCUGGCACUUGUUCCCACUUUACUGGGAAUGGUAGGUCUCUACCUCUACAAGAAGGCCAACGCACAACCUCAAGGCAAGAAGAAGAGCAAGGACAAGAAGAGCAAGAAGAAAUAAACAGGACAUGAAAGGAACAAUAAACUAUUUAAAUAAAAAAAUGAGAAAAAUCUGAAGAAAAAAAAAACGUUGUGAGUGGCAUCUUUCUAGCUGCAUUCGUGUUUGUUGUUUUUCUUGUUUUUUUUGCACCACAGUUUUAUGAUAAGAUGAAUCAAACAUAAGGGUGGGAAAAUUAAGUUUACGUUUUAUUUCUUGCCGAGUAUUUUUUUUUUAAAUCAAGUAUGAAGUAUAAUUAUGUUGAUGUCAGAUAUAGACAGAAUAACAACAAAAUAUUCUUUUUAGAACGUGUUAAAACAUAUACAUGUCUGUUAUUUGCUUGAAUUGUGCCCAUUUUGUCUUUAAAAUCAUUUUUGGCGUCUAUAAUGCAUGUCUGAUGCUGUCUUUGGAACAAUGUUCAGGUUUAGGCAUGUGUACUACUUACUUCUCUACAUGGUGUACUGCACCACAUGAGCCGCCUCUAUGACUGGCCUGCGUGUGUUUGUUUGAGUUUCUGAAGCUGGAGAGGCUUGAAGCGAUGGGCUGGAUAACAUGAGCAGUGAGUUCUGCUGCUGUAAGAUCUCAUCACUAACAGAGAUUCCAUCGAGGUACUGCUUGAGAAGAAUCCUCAGCUGCUGGUUCUCCCAUCCUAGGACCUUCUUCUCCCGUUCCAAACACAAACGCUCCAGCACAACCUUGUUAUAUCGCUGCCAGAACUUUUCUAAAUCUGUAUAGUUCAUCAUUGUCUAAAAGCAGAAGCGAGAUGAAGGGAUAAAUGCCAAAAAAUCAAGAAAGAGCUGGAAUAAUGAGUCUAAGUGUUAACUAUUUGUGCCAAAUACUCCACUGUUUAAAUCAAUAUGUUUGUGGUGUCUUGGACAUCAGUGAGUGUGUGAUGAUGUGAUGGGAGUGUAAUGUGUGAGGUAUCAAGCUAUAAUAUUUUUUUUAUUUUAUUGAGUAUUUUACCUGUGAUAACUCUUCAGACAUCACCUCCAUAGCAUGUGCUUUCUCCUGACUCAGUUCCUCAGCAUUUAAAGAUGAUGUGUAAAAGGGCAGCACCUUCUCCUGCUCCGUUUCAAGCUUGCGACACACGUCAACCAGACGUAACAACGUCUCGCCCUGAGGAUGACAAACAAAAGUAGAAAAUCAGCCAAGUAUCCAGCUUGUUAUGAUUUUAAAAUGACUCUGGAUUAAACUCUUGUUUAGCCUGA